CCGUGAUGGACAGAUGGGCAGCCAAUCGUCAAUCCGGACCGGUCCCGGAGGCCCAGCCCAUCUUUCUGGAGGAGGACAGGGGAGCGCCGGGGCGCCCCCUGCAGACAGAGGAGUGCGUGGGCAGCAGAUGAGAAUACAGAAACAGAGACGUUAAGUACCUUGACCCAGGUCACACCACUAGGAAGUGGCAGAAAUAGGAUCCAAAUUCAGGCAGCCUGGCUCCAGAGUUCUUGUACGGGGGAUCGAACUCAGGACAUUGCACUUGCAAGAUAGGCGCAGCACCACUGAGCUAAAUCUGAUCCUGGGCCCCCUGUUUUUCAACUGAGGAGCCAGACAUCAAGAAGCAAAGACAAAGCAGAGUGUGGUGGCACAUCCAUGUAGCCCCAGGACUCAGGAGCUGAGGCAAGAGGAUCACUUGAGCCUGAGAAUCCCUUUCCAGUCCGAGCAACAUAGCAGACUCCAUUUCCAAACAAAAACAAGGACAUCAAGCAACCAAGAAAGAAAGACGAGGGGUGGAGGGAAGAAGAGAGAGUCGCCACUUAACAGGACAGACUCUGCUGUGCUCCGUGGACCUGCCACCAGCAUUCGGCCUUUUGGCACACACAGUAUUGAAGAUGUCUGUCCUCACCCACCACCGUGGACACACCGUCCCUCAUGGACCCUGCUUGGUUCAGACAUAGAAACGAAACAGCCAGAAUGGUCGAGGAACACUGUGGCUAAUCAGCUGAUGUCAUAGAUCUACACGUGUCAGACCAGUCUGAUCAUUGAACUCCAUUAUGAUGGCGCCAAAGGCAAAGAAGGAAGCUUCUGCUCCUCCCAAAGCUGAAGCCAAAGCAAAUGCUUUGAAGGCCAGGAAGGCAGUGCUGAAAGGCAUCCACAGCCACAAAAAGAAGAAGAUCCACACAUCUCCCACCUUCUGCCGUCCCAAGACACAGUGGCCCCCAACACCCACAAUUUUAGCAGCUGAAAGCAGACCUGCCUCAACAGCAGCCACUAACAUCUGGGGAGCAUUUUCAGUUUACAGAGCACCCCUAUGUGUGCUGAUCUCCUUUCAGCCACCACCUCCUCCUCCUCCUCACCAGGCCUCCAGUAUCUUCUCUACUCUUUGCCAAUGGGGUUCAUUUGCAGAAUUGAAACCUUAGUUAAGGUAAAAGAUGAGCAUCACAGACGUGCUUAGUCCUGAUGACAUUGCAGCUGCCCUGCAGGAAUGCCAAGAUCCAGAUACUUUCGAACCCCAAAAAUUCUUCCAAACAUCAGGCCUCACCAAGAUGUCAGCCAGUCAGGUGAAGGAUGUCUUCCGGUUCAUAGACAAUGACCAGAGUGGAUACCUGGAUGAAGACGAGCUUAAGUUUUUCCUCCAGAAGUUUGAGAGCAGUGCUAGAGAACUCACCGAGUCAGAAACCAAGUCUUUGAUGGCCGCUGCAGAUAAUGAUGGCGAUGGGAAAAUUGGGGCGGAUGAAUUCCAGGAAAUGGUACAUUCUUAAAAGCCCCAGUCCUUGGAGAAAAGAGAGGAAGGAACACUCAGCUGGAAGGCCUCCAGAACCCUGGGAAUGGGAAACUCUGCAUCCUACCCCAAACUAAUUUACUAAUUUCUCUGAAACACUGCUGCAAUUUGCUCAUUGCUUGAGUGAGGAUAAAAAGACAC